AUGGGAAUAUUUAGCAGGAAAGGAGCAUCUGGGUUCUCCGCCUCUUCGACGGCAGAGAAAGUUACUCAAGGGAUUGAGGGAACUGGCCUUACUGCCAUCGUUACAGGAGCCUCAAGUGGAAUUGGCGCAGAGACAGCGCGUGUUCUUGCCUUGCGCGGUCUCCAUGUAGUUAUGGCAGUCAGGAACAUGGAUGCUGGGGCGACCGUCAAAGAAACAAUCCUAAAAGAAAUUCCGAACGCAAAAAUUGAUGUCAGGCAGUUAGACCUCAGCUCAUUGGCAUCUGUAAGAAAUUUUGCAUCAGAUUAUAAUUCCUCCGGCCUUCCACUCAAUAUCCUAAUUAACAAUGCAGGGGCAGGGGCAACUCCAUUCAAGCUCUCUCAAGACAGCAUAGAACUGGUGUUUGCAACUAACCAUUUAGGUCAUUUUCUUCUCACAAAUCUUCUGUUGGAGACCAUGAAAAGUACAUCACGAGAAAGCAACCGAGAGGGGAGAAUUGUCAAUGUAUCAUCACUUCUUCAUCAAUAUGGAUACCGUGAAGGAAUUCGUUUUGAUAAAAUUAAUGAUACAGCUGGCUACAACAGAUAUUUCGCCUAUGCACAAUCCAAGCUUGCUAACGUUUUGCAUGCUAAUGAGCUUACAAGGCGUAUGAAGGAAGAAGGGGUAGAGAUAACUGCUAAUUCUCUUCAUCCCGGAGCAAUUGGCACCAAAAUUACCCGCAAUGAUUGCUUUCUUCAGUGUUUAUUUAACGUGUUCGGUAUAUUUACCGGUAAAACUAUUCCGCAGGGUGCGGCAACCACAUGCUUAGUGGCACUUCAUCCACAAGUACAGGGAGUAAGCGGCGAAUACUUUGUAGACUGUAACAUUGCCAAAUCGAGCUCUCAGGCAAAAGAUGCGGAUUUGGCUGCAAAACUCUGGGAUUUUAGUUUGACUUUAACCAAUCCCAAAUAA